GGAAAAGGCGCGCGGAUUUCAUCAACCUUUCUUCAAAAUUGAGCACGUCCACAUGAAGCCGUCAUUUCGCCGAGACUGAGCAUUCGCAGAGAGCAUCAUGAAGAUUGAUGAGGCCCUUCAUGUCCGAGAUAGGAAUUUUCCUUGCUGUGCAGUCGCGGGAUAGCGAGGAGCUAGCAGUACAUGCUGACAGACGCGGGCUACUCUCGUAGUCGAUAAGACUGUGGGUCUGCGUCGUCGUAGACGAGACGACGAAGCUAGGUAUAAAACAGGGUCGCGGAGGUCGAGCAGACACAUCUCCCUCAUCCCCUCCUAAUCCCCUUCCCAGAAGAUCAAGCCCUCCCAGCCACUCACCCUCUCCUCCAGCUCUCAGCCCUCCCACGAUACACACUGCCCUACUACACCGUCAUGAAGCUUCUCCUCCAGGCACCUUUUCUCGCAUUCGUCGGCCUUGUCAGCCUGGCUGGGCUCGUCAGUGCCGCUUUCGACACCUCUGCCUCGUCUGCCGAUCUGGCGCGCCACUCUCCCUCGCUUACGGAAAGCCUCGCCAGCCUCCAUGCCAACCUCGACCUGGCCCUCAAGCUCGGCUUGGACCUCGGACACGGAGAUCUGUGGGGCCUCGGCGACCCCACCAAGCAAGAAACGGACGCACCCAAGGGCUACAAAGGCGAAUACACUGAUGGCAGCGACUACGGCCAUCAGAAGGAGGACGUCUAUCGCCGUCAUUCCAGCGACGAGGGAAGCCUCCUGGACAUCGUAGCCAAUCUCAAUGCACGCAUCGAGGCCGCUCUCAAGCUCAAGGCCAAAGUCGACCUCGACGCUGGUAUCGGUGUCGACGUGGGCCGUCGUCACCUCGAGCGUAAGCGCGGCUCUCACAAGAAUUAA